AUGAACAACUCAACAAGGAGUCCAAACAAUUCAAGAAGUUCAAACGAUUUAAACAGCGCACACAAUUCGAGAAGCUUGAACGACUCAAGGAGCGUAAGUAAUGUAAGGAGCUUAAACGGCCUAGGGAGUUCAAAAGAUGCAAGAAGUCUGAAUGAGUCAAGUAGUCUGAACGAGUCAAGUGGUCUGAACGAGUCAAGAUGUCUGAAUGACUCGGAAAGCGGCUUCUCUAUGACACAGCUUGGAGCGAUACUGCAUUUUGAUUUUCCCUCAGAGGACCGCCAACCACCUCCUUUUUGCGCGAAAAACAAGCCGAUCUUACACGAAGGAGUAGCAUUGAAAGACAUGAUUUCAUUACCUUAUGACGACAAGAGCGCGAAUAGAAAUAUCUGGCGAGUGGGUCUUGGUGCCGCAAUUGGCCUCAUGACGGGCGUAAUGUUUCUUCACUACAAAGUUAGUGGUGCAUGGGCCGACUGGCUUGCGAUGCCGGGUCUCCUAUUCGUCUCGGCGCUCAAGUGUUUAGUGACUUCGAUGGUGUUUUGCAACAUCAUCAUAUGUAUCGGCGAGUUGGUAGAAGCUGGUAAGGCCGCUUUGAUUGGGAGACGAAUAGUCCUUUCGUAUGUUGUCGCCUCAAUCACAUCUUCAUGCGUCGGCACUCUUUUUGCUUUCGCUAUGUCAAAGCUGUAUUUGUCGACUGCUGUUGUACCAAUAAAGCCAACUAUCCCAUCGCUAAGCAUCAAGUGUGCGAAUGGAAGAUACCUCUCCUACUUGCCAAAUUGGUUAGCUGCAUGCAGCUCAAUGAAUGGCACGAUGCCGAAUAGUAUGUUUGUGCUGAAUGAUGUCAGCGGCUAUUUGCUGACGUCGGAUACACUGUACGAAAAGCUGACUGUGUCAGAGCAGAUAUUUUUCGUUCUGAAGGACCUUGUGCCGAAUAAUAUCUUUGAUGCGUUUGCUGGGACAUCAACUUUGAGCGUCAUUACGUUCGCCGUCGUAAUGGGGAUUGCAUUAAUGAAGAGCCUGGACAAAGAAGCUGGAGUGGAGAACUAUGUUCUUCUCAUGGUGGCCCACGCAAAUAGAGUGAUCCUUCUACUCGUGAAUAUGGUGGUGAAAUACAUUCCAAUUGCUGUCGUUUCGCUAAUCGCUGGUUCAAUCGCUACUUACAACUCGUCAGUGAUGCUGAUUCAUGGUGUUGCCUUCUUAAUCGGUACUCUGAUUGUAGCGUUAUUUACGCUUACUGUUGUAAUCUUUGGGUUGGUACUUUUUGUGACGACGAGGAGGAAUAUCUUCGUGCACUUGUGGCACAUGCUCCCAGCCCAGCUUUUUAUUUUUGGAUGUUCAUCAUCGAUUGCAGCUCUGCCCGUGACCAUGCACUGCGUAGACAGUAUGAAGGAAAAUUUGUGCCAGAUCUCAAGAUUUGUCUUACCUCUUGGAACCAUGACGAACCUGAAUGGCACGGCCGUGUACAUGCCGUUAGCUUGUGUCUUUUUGGCAAAACUUGGUGGACAUGAUGCGUUGCUGACACCGCUGCGCUAUGUGCUGUUGGCUUGUGUUAGUGCCAUUGCUUCAUUUGGUGUUACAGGCGUGCCACAUGCAGGUUUGGUGAUGGUUCUCACGGUGUGGCGGACAGUUUUUAGCGUGGACGUACCAGUUGUGUUCACCAUUCUAGUGAGUGCGGAUUGGAUUCUAGAUCGUCUCCGCUCCGUAGUCAACAUUACCAACGAUACUAUCAUAUUACAAAUUAUCGCCGCGCGGUGCAACGACACCAUUAUCGAGCAGUUCGGUACCAAGCAAACAGAAAGCACCGAGGUGCUUAGUCAUAUUCCACGAGCUAAAAUAUUAAAAUGCAGUCGCUAG